GACGUCACCGGGCGCGAUGACGCAGAGCGGGGAGCGACGGCGGGGCCCGCAGUCGGGGCCGGACAUGGCGGCGCGGCCCGGCCCGCGGGAAGAUGAAUAAGGGCUGGCUGGAGCUGGAGAGCGACCCCGGUCUUUUCACACUCCUGGUUGAAGACUUUGGGGUCAAGGGAGUGCAGGUAGAGGAGAUUUAUGAUCUGCAGAGCAAAUGCCAAGGCCCCGUGUAUGGGUUCAUCUUCCUGUUCAAGUGGAUUGAGGAGCGCCGCUCCCGCCGCAAGGUCUCCACGCUGGUGGACGAGACGUCGGUGAUCGACGAUGACAUCGUCAAUAACAUGUUCUUUGCUCACCAGCUGAUCCCCAAUUCCUGUGCCACCCAUGCCCUGCUGAGCGUCCUCCUGAACUGCAACAAUGUUGACCUGGGCCCCACCUUGAGCCGCAUGAAGGAUUUCACCAAAGGCUUUAGCCCUGAGAGCAAAGGCUAUGCCAUUGGCAAUGCUCCGGAGCUGGCCAAGGCCCACAACAGCCAUGCCAGGCCAGAGCCACGGCACUUGCCGGAGAAGCAGAAUGGCAUCAGCGCUGUGCGGACCAUGGAGGCUUUUCAUUUUGUCAGCUACGUCCCCAUCAAGGGGCGGCUCUUUGAGCUCGACGGGCUGAAGGUCUAUCCCAUUGACCACGGGCCUUGGGCAGAUGACGAGGAAUGGACGGACAAAGCCAGGAGAGUGAUCAUGGAGCGCAUUGGCCUGGCCACUGCAGGGGAGCCGUACCAUGACAUCCGCUUCAACCUGAUGGCCGUGGUGCCUGACCGGAGGAUGAAGUACGAGUCCAAACUGCACAUCCUGAAGAUGAACCGCCAGACUGUGCUGGAGGCCUUGCAGCAGCUUAUCCGAGUAACUCAGCCUGAGCUGAUCCAGACCCAGAAGUCUCAGGAGUCUCAGCCUGGUGAAGAGGCAAAGCCAGCCAGCAGCAAGACCGUGACUCCAGAGAGCACUCAUCCAGAUGGCAGCGAUGAAGCCACCAGCCAGGGCCACCCCACGGCCACGCAGAGCCCACCCAGCAAAUCCAAACCAGUGCCAAAGACAGCAGUGAGCGGCAUCAACGGGGCCCCUCCAGUGAACCCCAACCCCAUUGUGCAGAGAUUGCCAGCCUUCCUGGAUAACCACAACUAUGCCAAGUCCCCCAUGCAGGAGGAAGAAGACCUUGCAGCAGGAGUGGGUCGCAACCGGGUCCCAGUCCGACAGCACCAGCAGUACUCAGAUGAUGAAGAUGACUAUGAUGAUGAUGAUGAGGAGGAAGUUCGUAACAGCAACUCAGCCAUCAGGUACAAGAGGAAAGGGCAAGUGAAGCAAGAGCACAUGGCAGGGGCCGCAGAUGGCCAGCUCUCUGUCCUGCAGCCCAACACCAUCAAUGUCUUGGCUGAGAAGCUGAAGGAAUCUCAAAAGGAUCUUUCCGUUCCCCUGUCCAUCAAGACGAGCGGCGGGGGUGCCGCCGUGGCAGUGGUCACGCACUCCCAGCCCUCCCCCACGCCCAGCAACGAGAGCACGGACACGGCCUCCGAGAUCGGCAGCGCCUUCAACUCACCACUGCGCUCCCCCAUCCGCUCGGCCAACCCCACACGCCCCUCCAGCCCUGUCACCUCGCACAUCUCCAAGGUGCUGUUCGGUGAGGAGGACGGGCUGCUGCGCCUCGACUGCAUGCGCUACAACCGCGCUGUCAGGGACCUGGGGCCCAUCGUCAGCUCCGGCCUGCUGCACCUCACUGAGGACGGCGUGUUCUGCCCGCUGGCUGCUGCAGAUGGGAAAAACUCCCCCUCUUCCAUCAAACCCGGUGAAGAGGCCCCGGUUGUGAUCAAACUGGAGGAGAAGGAGGGCAGUGAGGCCAGUGACAGCAAAGAGAAGGUGGGACUUGGCAGGACCAGUGAUCACCCUGGGGGGGAAAAGUAUUCUCCCAAGGAGCUGCUGGCUCUGCUCAAGUGCGUGGAAGCAGAGAUUGCAAACUAUGAGGCCUGCCUGAAGGAGGAGGUAGAGAAGAGGAAGAAAUUCAAGAUCGAUGACCAGAGGAGAACCCACAACUAUGAUGAGUUCAUCUGUACCUUCAUAUCCAUGCUGGCCCAGGAAGGCAUGCUGGCCAGCCUGGUGGAGCAGAACAUCUCGGUGCGCCGGCGGCAGGGAGUCAGCAUCGGCCGCCUGCACAAGCAGAGGAAGCCGGACCGCCGGAAACGCUCCCGCCCCUACAAAGCCAAGCGCCAGUAGCCAGGGAGCCAAGUCUGGGAAACAUCAGUUGGGCUUUGUGGCUUUGGGCACUGGCACUUAGAUCUAUGUUACUUUUUGCCCAAGGAAGAGGGACCACAGUGACAAGCCCUCUGCCCAGGUGGAGCCUGGGGACAAAGAGAAAUCGGGUUUUUCUCUGCGCCUAAGCUGUGAAAGGCAAGAACCUGUCUGGAGGAGUCCCUGCAGCAGAAAGGAGUCUGGAGUGCUCAGCUGCCUGACCAUGCCAUGGCAGCAGCCAGACUUUGUCACCUCUGUCUCAGUGCCCUGGCUGAGGACUGUGACCAAAGGGAAAGAGCCCACCCAGCUGUGGAUGGGUCUGGCCUCAUGGGAACGCUGGCAAUGCCCAUGUGAGGCUGUGCUGGCCGCAGCUGGCUGUGGCUUUUGUCCUCCUGUGUCCAGCCCUUCAGCUCUGUACUUCCCUGGGAUGUUCUUGUUCCUGUUUUCAUGAUGUUCAUGUUUUCUAUCCUUCUCCCUCCUUUCCCCAAACUAAUUUUUGGUCCUAACCCAGACUCUGGCCAUUCUUAGCAAGGUGGCUCCAGGACAGAGCCACUUCUGCACCGACCCCACACUGCACUGCCCAGUGCCUGGUGCUGGCUGAGCCUCUGGGGAUGGUGACACCUUUCCCAUGUAGCUUGGCUUCCCAGAGGGCCAUGGCAGCUCUGUUGCUGGAUGAGGGUGGGGUAGGCUCAUCAGUAGAGCUGGGCCUUGUCCCCAGCCCUCUGUGGCAGUGCUGGGAGUGGCCUGUGCCUCUUGCUGUCUUGGCUGCUCUCCCUGGGACUAGCUCUGUGGCCCUGGCAAUGCCUAUGGGUCACACAGCAUUGCAGCAGGUCCAGGCCCCAAAAAAACCCUGUGAAUUGUGAACAGACCAGGUGCAUAUAGUGGCCUAGGUGGUGCUGGGCAUGGCACGAGGGUGGACUCUGGCUGUGGCUUGGUAAAGCCGCUUGGCAGGGGAAGAUGUGCCUGGUUGCUGUAAUGGUGGAGGCGGGAUGGGGGCAGCAGCAGAGGGAGCCCACAUCUCUUGCCCCUGGCCGGCUGCUAACCAGAGUAGGUUGGUACAGCCUGGCUGCCUCCUGCCAGCCCCCAGGAGCCUGGCAGAAAUCUGAGAUAUCAGAGGUGGGCACUGUUCCUCAACACUGUCCUGGGGUGGAGCUGCCGCAGGAGAGGACUGAAUUUUUUCAGUAUGUGUGCAGAUCUUGACUAUGAAACAGUUCUUUUGGUAUUUGUUGAAGGAAAGAAAAUCCUUCUGUCUCUUGCUGUGUCUAAUAUCAAGUGCUGUAAAUAAUGGAUCUGUCUGAAGGAAUAAAGCUAUCCUGUAAUGGCCA